CAUCUGUGGCUGUACUAAAUGCUCGGAGCUGUUGAUUGUGCAUGUUGCAUUCUUAGAAUGACGACACAAGUAUUCCGGUGCCACGUUUUAAUGAAAGCAGUUUGUUUUCACUGCAAGCAAAACAUAACAGUUUUCAGCCGACGGUAUACGCAGACACUCGCUCAUAACUUGCUUGGUUUGCUACUACAUUUUAGCAUAGCUAGCUACUAAGCAAGACUUCCUGUUCCUCUGAAACUCACAUUGAUCAGGGCUACUGCCAUCUACUGACAUCAGUUAGUAUUGAACUACAAGUACAAUUAUUGAUGUUCCAUAGUUUUGGAGAAGUUAGGUGCAAUUGUUUUAAAGUUUUGUUAAUUGAAUCCCUUAUCUGUCAUGUUGCCAACACAUCUGUGUUUUAAAGGAUUUCUGAGCAGUGUGUUUGUGUGUGUGCGUGCGUGAAUUUGUGUAUGUGUGUGUGUGUUUGUGUGUGUGUGUGUAUGUUUGUGUGCGUGCAUUUGCGUAUGUGUGCGCAUGUGUGUUUGUAUGUAUGUGUAUAUAUACAUGUGUUCGUGUGUAUGUGUGCGCAUGUGUGUGUGUGCGCGCUCGUGUGUGUGUGUGUAUGUGAGUGUAUGUGUGUCUGUGUGUGUGUGUGCUUGUGUGUGUUUGUAUUUUUCAGGUGUGCUGAGUCAGACGGAAUGGAGAGUUACUUACACCCUUGAGAGAAUCUGUGCCUUAAAGGGGUCUUCAGUAGACAUGCGCUGCACGUACUCAUAUCCCUCAUAUCACACAGUGCAGAAAACAUUCUGGGUUAUUUAUGACUGGAACAGUAAACAGGAGGGUAAAGACCUGUCCCGGGACCCAGAAUACUCUCACCGUGUGAAGUACCUGGUGAAUCAGAACAAUGACUGCACUUUUAGAAUAAACCAGCUGAGAAAAACCGAUUCAAAAACAUACCGAUUCAGGGUCCUGACCGCCUGUGAUGAAUAUACUGGAGAACCUGGGGUCGCUUUGGAAGUCACUGAUCUACAGGUGAUGGGGAAUCCUGACUCAGUCACAGAGGGACAGAGUGUGAGACUGACCUGUAGCACCACCUGCAUUCUGACUGGCAGCCCAGCCUUCAUCUGGUACAGGGAUGGAUCUCCUCUGUCCUUCACUGAUCAGAGACACCAGUUCACAGCCAGCAGUGAAGAUGCAGGCAGAUACUCCUGUGCUGUAAAAGGCUAUGAACUUCAGUCCCCUGCAGUGACUCUUAAUGUAAGAUAUCCUCCAAAGAGCGUGUCAGUAUCAGUGAGCCCCUCUGGUGAAAUAGUGGAGGGCAGUUCAGUGACUCUGACCUGCAGCAGUGAUGGCAACCCACCAGUGCACAGUUACAUCUGGUAUAAGAAUAAUAGAGCUGUAUCCCCAUGGGGAGGAUCCAGUUACACCAUUAAAAGCAUCACACCGGAGGAUGCAGGACAAUACUACUGUGAGGCAUGGAAUGGGAUUGGGAGAAACAGAUCUCCUCCUAAAAGUCUUGAUGUGCAGUAUUCUCCGAAGAGCAUCUCAGUAUCAGUGAGCCCCUCUGGUGAAAUAGUGGAGGGCAGUUCAGUGACUCUGACCUGCAGCAGUGAUGGCAACCCACCAGUGCACAGAUACACCUGGUAUAAGAAGAUUGGA